CUUCUAAAGAAAUCCAAAAGAAUUAAAGAAAAAAAAACAGUUGCAAAACAGUUGAAGGAACAAGCUUACUUCACAAAAUUAAUCUCACGCUGCCUCUUGGUCUCCAACUUCCUCACUUCGUCUCACUUUUCUCACCAGCACUCGCUUCACCAACCGACCAACUGCUGCCACCUCCACUCUUCCCCACUCGCCACUCUUAAAAUCAAAUCAAACCAAAAUAAAUCCCACUCUUCUCAGUCUCCACACAGAAAAAGACGAACGAAGAUCGCCGUUCAAUUCUUCUUCACAUAAAUUCUCCUAUAAAUUUCUGUGAAAAAUAAAAAAUGUCCUCCGGGGAAUCCUCCGAGGAGGAAGGGUCACCUCGAAAAUUCGUCCAUUCGGACUCAGACUCAGACCACGGCCCGGGUUCUAAUAAACGACCGCCUCCCGUUCAUCAGCAGGAUAACGAGGAGGAGGAUGAGUACUACUCCUCCUCUGAGGACGAGGACAACCGCGCCGCCGCACGUCGCAAGAAGAAAAAGAGGCGGACGGGAUACUCGGAUUUUAUCAUCGAGGAGGCGGAGGUCGACGACGAAGUGGAGGAAGACGACGAAUGGGAGGAUGGAGCCGAGCACCUUAUUUCGCAAGCAGAAAUGGACGAGCAGGGUCCCACCGCCCGGGACAUUGAAGGCAGUUUGCGUCGAAAAACCGGGCUCAACAAUAUGUGGGACGCCCAAAAGGAAGAAGAACUUGAAGAGUACCUCCGCAAAAAAUACGCGGAGGACGCCGUGGCGCAACGACAUUUUGGCGACGGGAACGAGGACAUGUCGGACGAGAUAACGCAGCAAACUCUGCUCCCGGGAAUAAAAGACCCCUCCCUUUGGAUGGUCAAGUGUCGUUUGGGAGAGGAGAAAAUCACCGUUCUUCAACUGAUGAGAAAAGCGAUUGCGUACUCGAAUAAUAAUGAACAUGAACCUUUGCAAAUUAAAUCCGUCAUUGCUCCGGAAGGAAUUAAAGGAUAUGUUUACAUUGAAGCGUACAAACAGACCCAUGUCAAGCAGGCAAUCGAAGGGAUAGGAAACCUCCGGAUGGGCCUCUACAAACAGCAAAUGGUUCCCAUCUCCGAAAUGACGGACGUCCUCCGCGUGACAAAAGAGCAAACGGGAUUAAAGCCAAAACAAUGGGUUCGAUUAAAACGAGGGAUCUACAAGGACGACUUGGCUCAAAUCGACUACGUCGAUCUAGCCCAGAACCAAUGCCACUUAAAACUCCUCCCACGAAUUGACUACACAAGAAUGCGCGGGGGUAAAAAAGAUGAUAAACAAGAUGAUUCAAAACGUAAAAAGAAACGUCGCCCGAUAGCAAAACCUUUCAAUCAGCAGGACAUUCGCGAUAUCGGAGGUGAUAUCACGUCGGAUGGAGAUUUCCUCAUUUUUGAAUCUAAUCGUUACUCACACAAAGGAUUUCUUUAUAAAACGUUUCAAUUAAACGGGAUUUUAACGGAAGGGGUGACUCCCACGUUAGCUGAGUUGGAGAAAUUUGGUGAAGUUCCAAUCGAGGGAUUGGAAUUGGAUGGGGUUGCCUCUGCUGCGGCGAAUACCAAUUUGAAACAGGAGGAAACACAUAAUUUCGCCACGGGAGAUAACGUCGAGGUCGCGGAAGGGGAAUUGAGUCAUUUACAGGGGAAAAUUCUUGCUAUUGAUGGGAAUAAAAUUACGAUUAUGCCGAGGCAUGAGGAUUUGAAGGACCCCCUCGACUUCCAACCCUCUGAACUCCGCAAAUACUUCCAACAAGGCGACCACGUCCGAGUAAUAACCGGAAAAUACGAAGGCGACACCGGCCUAAUCGUCCGCGUGGAGGAUCAUUGCGUUUAUCUCUUCUCCGACCUGACAAUGCACGAGCUGAAAGUCCUACCAAAAGAUCUCCAACUCUGUUCCGAUAUGGCAAGCGGAGUGGAUUCGAUGGGACAUUUCCAAUGGGGCGACCUCGUCCAAUUGGACUCACAAACCGUGGGAGUAAUCGUGAGACUAGAAAAAGAACUCUUCCACGUCCUCUCAAUGCAAGGAAAAGUUGUGCAAGUCAAACCGCAGUCUAUCCAGAAAAAGCGAGAGUCAAAAUACGUGAUGGGCGUUGAUUCACGUGGAAAUACGAUUCAAAAACGUGACAUUGUGAACGUCGUGGACGGUUCGAGUCCGGAUAACCAAGGCGAAGUUAGACAUAUUUUUAAGAACUAUGUUUUCCUCUAUAGCCGAAUGUGUUUGGAGAAUGGUGGAGUUUUCGUUGUUAAAUCAAAUCAUUUGGAAGUUGCGGGUGGGGUUAAAUCCACUGCGCCGACGAAUGUUGGGUUGGGAUUUAUGUCGCCAAGAUUAUCCUCCCCUGCUCAUCCUAGUAGUGGUGGGGGUGGUGGAAGUGCACCAAAUAUCCUAAGUGGUGGUAGGAGUCCUUCGUUGGGUGGAAAAAUAUCCACCGGAUCAGGGCCAAGGGUCGGACGUAACAGGGAUUUAAUUGGCCAAACUAUUAAAAUAACACAAGGACAUUACAAAGGAUCGAUUGGGAUUGUGAAGGAUGCGACGGAGACGACGGCGAGGGUGGAAUUGCACUCGAGUUGUCAAACGAUUUCCGUGGAUUGUAACAGGAUUCAAGUUAUCGGAGGAGCGGGUGGGAAGACUGGGAAUGUUACUACUUACUCCAAAACACCAAGGGCAGAGAGCACGUGGGGUAAAACUCCUGCUUAUGAGGGUGGAAGGACCCCUGGGUAUGAAGGGGGCAGGACUCCUGGGUAUCAGGAUGGCUCGAGGACGCCAGGGUAUGAAGGUGGGAGGACGCCGGGGUACGAGGGGGGUAGGACUCCCGGUUAUGAAGGCCCCCGCACACCCCACCACUUGGGCUCCGGCUCCACGACCCCCGCCCGGCCAACCUCCACUCCCGACGGGGACGAUUCCUGGGAACCCCUCGGUUACACGACAAACCCACAAACCCCCGGAGGAGCCUAUCACAACACGCCAUACACACCCGCCACCCCGGGAGGCUACGCCUCAGACCAUGGUUACUCCCCGUAUAACCAACAGCAGCCCUCACCCGCCGGGGUUUACAACACAAAUCCGAGCCCUGUUGGUUCUUAUGAUCACAAUAUUCCAAGUCCAAGCAGUGCUUACCAUUUUGCAAGCACGGUUCCUUCGCCGGGUGGUGGGUACGGAUUUGGUGGGACGGUUGGGAGUAGUCCCAUGACGCCGAGUGCGGGGUUGGGCGUGGGAUUCAUUCCUCCUGGGACGCCCGGAACGGGCCUGGACCCGUACUCCACGGCGCAAUCGAGUCACACCCCGCACACGGACUGGUUAAGCACCGGAAUUGAAGUGAAGAUAAAGGACUCCAUUCCCGAGUCUGGUCUCAAGCGACAGAUUGGAAUCGUUCGGAACGUGUUGGCUGGAAGCUGUGCCGUGUUUCUCAUCCAAGAAGAACGGACGGUUAACAUUAUUUCCGAGUAUCUCGUCCCCGUGCUCCCGAGGACUGGCGACCGAAUCAAGGUCUCGACGGGUGACCACUACCGCGAGUCAACCGGAACGCUCCGAUCCGUUGACGGGAACGAUGGCGUGGUUCAACUUGACGCUACAAAUUUAGGCCACGACGACGUUCUCAAAAUCUUUCCACUCAAUUUCCUCUGCAAAUUGGUCGAAUUUUAACCAACCGCGACGACGUUUUCUUUUUGUAUUAACAUUUAUUUUCUCGUGCUGCAAUUAUUUAAAGAAUUUGUUCAUUUCCAUUUAAAAAUAAUAAUAAAAAUCUCCACAAAAAAAUU